GCCCGAAGCGCUCCGCCCGGUGACAGCCCCGGGAGCUCCGUACCCCGCGGAGUGCCAGGACCGGCACCGAGGGGACGCCAGCCCGGCCAUGCCGGGUGCCCGGGACUGCGGGCGGAGCUGCCGGUGCCCGGAGGUCCGGCGGAGGCUGCCGGUCCUGCGCUGGCUCCCGCGCUAUUCCCUGGCCUGGCUGCAGCUCGACCUGAUGGCCGGCCUGGUCGUGGGGCUCACCGUCGUGCCGCAGGCCCUGGCAUACGCCGAGGUGGCCGGGCUGCCUCCACAGUACGGUCUCUACUCUUCCUUCAUGGGCUGCUUUGUCUACUGCUUCCUGGGCACUGCCAAGGACGUGACUCUGGGUCCCACAGCCAUCAUGUCACUGCUUGUCUCCUCCUAUACCUUCCAUGAGCCUGUCUAUGCCGUCCUGCUCACCUUCCUUUCCGGCUGCAUCCAGCUGGCCAUGGGGCUCCUGCACCUCGGUGUCCUUCUGGACUUCAUUUCUUGCCCAGUUAUUAAAGGGUUUACAUCGGCUGCAUCUAUCACCAUUAGCUUCAACCAGGUCAAGAACAUCCUGGGGCUGCAGGGGAUCCCUCGGCAGUUUUUCCUGCAGGUGUAUGAAACGCUGCGGAGGAUCAGGGAGACCAGGGCUGGGGAUGCUGUCCUGGGGCUGUCCUGCCUGGCUGCACUGGCGGGGCUCCGGGCCAUGAAGAGUCACUUGCCCCGAGCUGCCUCUGCUGACCCACUGGCUGCCCGGGUAAGCUACAUGAUCGUCUGGACCACUGCCACAGCACGCAAUGCCCUGGUGGUCCUGUUUGCUGGCCUGGUUGCUUACUCCUUCCAGGUGAUGGGCUCCCAGCCUCUGACGCUCACGGGCAGUGUCCCCCAGGGCCUCCCCCCAUUCCGGCUGCCCCGCUUCUCCCUGGCUGCACCCAACGGCACCAUCCCCUUUGAGACCAUGGUGGAGGACAUGGGGGUCGGGCUGGCCAUGGUCCCACUCAUGGGUCUGCUGGAGACUGUUGUGAUUGCCAAAGCUUUUGCCUCGCAGAAUAAUUACAGGAUUGACCCCAACCAGGAGCUGCUGGCUAUGGGCUUUGCCAACAUCCUGGGCUCCUUCGUCUCAUCGUACCCCAUCACAGGCAGCUUUGGACGGACAGCAGUGAAUGCGCAGUCAGGCGUCUGCACCCCUGCAGGAGGGCUGGUCACAGGUGCCCUGGUCCUGCUCUCACUGGCGUAUCUCACCUCCCUCUUCUACUACAUCCCCAAAGCAGCGCUGGCCGCUGUCAUCAUCUCAGCUGUGGUCCCCAUGUUUGAUGCUGGGAUUUUCAGGACACUCUGGAGGGUUAAGAGGCUGGACCUCGUGCCCCUCUGUGUGACAUUCCUGCUCUGUUUCUGGGAGGUCCAGUAUGGCAUCUUGGCUGGGAUGCUGGUCUCAGGGAUUCUUCUCCUUUACUCCAUCGCCAGGCCCUCGAUAAAGGUGUCAGAGGGGGAUGUGCUCCUGGUGCAGCCAGGGAGCAGCCUGCACUUCCCAGCCAUCAGGUGCCUCCAGGACAUCAUAUGCAGCCAUGCCCUAGCAGCACCAUCUCCACCACGCUCCAUCAUCCUUGACUGUUGCCACAUCAGCAGCAUCGAUUACACAGUGGUGGUGGGGCUGGCAGAGCUGCUGCAGGAUCUGCACAACCACGGCCUCUCACUGAUCUUCUGCAGCCUGCAGGAUCCUGUUCUCCAAGUCCUGCUCUCUGCAGACCUAGAAGGAUUCCAGCAUUUCUCCAGACGGGAGGAGGCAGAGCAGGCUGGAGCAGUGGCACUGGGGGGUGGCAGGGCAGCCCCCUUCACCAGCAGCAGCCAGAGCUCAGUGCUGCCCACAGGAUUUAUCCAGUGAGUUGAGGAGCUGCCCAAGAUCUUCUCAUGGCUCUCCUGGCUGGCUCGUCUCCGUGGUGUCAUCAUCAGGUCACAGUCCCUUCGACUCAAAGUCACACCUGAGUUCCAGCCUGCCCAGCACAGCAGGGCAGGGCAGAGCCAGCAGUGGUGCCCAGGCCAUCACCACUGCUGUUAUCAAAACAUUCCCAGGCACAGCAGGCUCAGGUGAUAAGCAAUGCAGCAGCCCAGCGAGCAGCUAAAGCAAAAAGCAGACACUAAUGAGCAGUAGGCUCUCAUCCACUGCAAAACAAGCAAGCCCCAUGGCAAGGACGAGGACCUGCUGAUUAUCAGUGCACAGCAAUAUCAGCUCGAAGUUCAAUCCAGCACAUUCCAAUCAAAUCUGUUGUUGUCUCAAACACUUUGAGCCCCACACACUGGGCACCUAAAAGGACUGUGGAGGUUUAACCCCAGCUGGUAAAUGAGUCCCACGCAGCCACCUCCUCCCUGACAGGAUGGGGGAGAGAACUGUAAAAGUAAGUGGGAAACCUUGUGGGGUGUGAGAAAGAUGGUUUAAUCAGUUAAAAAAAAAAUCAAAGCAAACCAAGGAAUUCCCAUCGUCAGGCAGAUGGUCAGCCAUCUCCAGGAAAGCUGGGUUCCAUCUCGUGUAACAGUGACCUGGGAGAUAAGAACCAGCAGUGAUUUUGCUCCUCACUGAUGCCUCUGGGUUUGCGGGGUGCUCUGCCAAACGCUGCCGUCAGGCAGGGCUGGGCUGUCCUCCCCAUGCGUGCAGCCCCUCGCCUGACUCCUGCCAGACCUCCGAGGGGACAGGAACAGUGACAAGUGCUGGCCUUGCUGUGAAAUGGGCGCAAAAAGCAAUAGUCGGGCAGAGCAGGGUUCAGGAGAAAGCCGCUCCCCUGGAAUGUCCUUAGCUGACACCUCUGGAAGAAGGGUAUAAUAAAGCAGCAUUUGCAAAUGGA